AUGGUAAUAAUCAAGGAUCAAGAGACUCCCCCACUCCUCUGUCCUCUGGCAAAAUUAAUCGAAUUGCUCCCAGGCAAGGAUUCUCUAGCUCAAUCAGGUGUAUCCGCACCAAAUGGUGAAUACCUUAGGGAAAAUUUACGUAUGGAAAAUGAAUUGGUAGAUCAGGACAAAAUCAAAUGGGCUCCAGGUCUGGGCGGGAUUAAUCCAAUUGGGGAAGAGAAGUGCUUCCGUACAAAAAAUAUGAAUAAUACUACAGCCAAUAACUUUCAAGCCACAGGCGCACUACUCAGUAUUCAAGUUAUUGUACACAUACACAGAGAGGAUCAAAAUACAGUUGAUGAAGUUAUGAGAGAGGUUCAAGGACGUAGUCCACUAGUGCCAGACCAGUUCAAAUGUUUUGGAGAUGAAGUAGGACUGCGUAUUAGAGACCUUUCUUCAUCAAAUGCACAAACAAUUGUAAAAUACUUAAUUAGCAAUAUUCUUUUUGAAGCUGAAAUGGGUAAGUAUAACAACGGCAACCUAUCAACCGCAACUUACUCACAGCCUUUAUACCCGAUGACGAACUAUACACAGCAACAAUAUUCUGUUCCUGUGACACCUGCACAUCCAAAAUCAAACAGACAUUUUGAGCAGCUGUCUACUUCAGGACGAAUGCAAAUGACCUCCCCACAAUCUGCAAUGAGUUCUGUGUCAUCUGCCCAUUCGUCAACAGACUAUGACUCUAUUGACAAUAUUUUAAUGGAACUCUAG